AUGAGAGUGAAUGAUAUGACCCAAGACGAUAAGUAUGAAGCACUUAAAAAAGUCGCAAGUUCGGCUUUUGUUGCUUUUAUUGUUUCCGGAGUCUUGACUUUUACUUCCCUUUUUUUCACUGCGGAUAUGAGUUCAUCAAUCGUGAGUGCAACUUUUGUCAACGCUACGCUUCAGGGCUUUCUCGUCGUCAUGUAUUUCUUUACCAAAACCAGCGACCCCGAGGUUUUAGAGACUCACACUAAACUCUUCCGUUCAACCAGAAAUUUGGUCCGUGUUUUCACAGUUCUUGUCGUGUCGAUGUUCGCAUCGUACUUUGCGAUGGUUUCAAUGAAGAGUGGGCUUGGAUACUCAAACGACUAUUACGAAAUUGACGAACUCAGUAUGGUCUUUUCUGUAACGGGCAUUUUCUUCGGCUUUGCAAACACGUUUUACUCUGUCUUCUUGGACAGAUUAUACAUCGAGCCAAAGAGAAGUCCAAUCGCUAUCCAAAGUGAACCACCAAAUUUCUUUGGAGUUGUUGUUAAAAGGACAGUCAUCACUUUCUUCUUGAACUUUAUACUCUUCAUCUUUGCUGUUAUCUGUGUAAAGGUCUACAACUUUUUCCUCCUCGGAUUCGGUCUUGAACUUAGUGUCCGUGUACUUCCGUUCGACCUCCAAGACCUCGUCAGAUAUGUCUUCGUUAUUAUCGCAUUCUCUUUUAGCUGCAGGUUCUCCUACAAGAUCCUCUCUCAAAAUCUUGUUCUGGAUAAGUGA